AGAAAGGGUUUCAGGCUACAGGUAUAUUCCCUUUAGAUCCAAAUGCCAUCCCUAACAGUAUGUUUGCUGCAUCUAUAGUAACAGAUUUACCAGCUACGCCCUCUUCUCAAAGUGCCUCGCGCAGUAGUAAUGGUCUAACGCUAUCAUCAAUUAUUAAUCAUCUUCCUAUUCAAGACAAUCAAACAAUUGGAAUUGAGAUCCCACCAACUUUUACUAUCGCUGAAAACAAUGUGCAAACUCAAGAAGCACCUAAGAGUCAGUAUUUAUUGAUCGUCUCUUCUGCUGGAAAACUGACGUUGACUCCAAUUACUAUUGCCUCCGUAUUGCAAGAAGCAUCGUCAUCUUCCUCGUGUCAAAUGGUCUCAUCUCAAAUAACCUCAUCUCACAAACAGCAGCAAGGGUCGUCGCCGUCAUUGUCAACAACCGCGCCUUCUACCGUUACUACUUCCCCAAUUCCAAGAACAGAAAUGCUGUUAUCUACUCCAAUCAAAUUUGUAGAACCUGUCUCUUUUCGUCCACACGACAUUCUCCCACUACCUCAAGUGGCACAAAGUGGACCUAGAGUUCGAAAGCCGAAUAAAAGACUAGGUGCAGCAAGGUGUCUAACAAGUUCACCAGAAAUGAAGCGUAUUCGCGAACAAUAUGACGAAAAACAGCGUAAAGAAAAAGAAGCAGAAAACCGGAAGACAAUUUCUGUAGGGAAGAAUUCAAACAAAAACAAACAAAAAGAAGUUCAGGAUAUCUCAACGACGAAAACGGUUUCUAUUGCAUCAAAGAAAACAAAUAAAACAUCUAGAGUUCUGCAUUUCGACAAAGAAAAUAUUGAAACCAUUAAUGAAGGAACAGCUGAGUGUCUUCCUAGUAUGCCUAAUAAACAAUCUGGUCAAGUUACAAGCAGGAAAAGUUUGAGAUUGUCGGAAAGAAAAAUACAAGGUGUGAUUCGUUAACCUUA